UCGCCUGCUCCGCCGCGCCACCAUGUCCCAUCACUGGGGGUACGCCGCCCACAACGGACCUCAGCACUGGCAUAAGGACUUCCCCAUUGCUAACGGAGAGCGUCAGUCUCCCGUCGACAUUAGCAGCAGCGUAGUCAAGUAUGAUUCUGCCCUGAAGCCUCUGCGCCUUUGCUAUGACCAGCCGACUUCCCUAAGGAUCAUCAACAAUGGUCACUCUUUCAACGUGGAGUUUGAUGACUCCCAGGACAAAGCAGUACUGAAAGACGGACCCCUGGAUGGCACGUAUAGGUUGGUUCAGUUUCACUUCCACUGGGGCUCAUCUGACGAGCAAGGCUCUGAACAUACUGUGGAUAAAGUGAAAUAUGCCGCAGAGCUGCACUUGGUGCACUGGAACACCAAAUACAAGGAUUUUGGAAAAGCUGCACAACAACCUGAUGGAUUGGCUGUUCUGGGCAUUUUUUUAAAGAUUGGCAGUGCUAAACCAGGCCUUCAGACAGUCCUUGAUGUGCUGGAUUCCAUUAAAACAAAGGGUAAGAGCGCUGCAUUCCCUAACUUUGAUCCUCAUGUCCUCCUUCCUGAGAGCUUGGACUACUGGACUUACCCGGGCUCGCUGACCACACCUCCUCUAUUGGAAAGUGUGACCUGGAUUGUACUCAAGGAGCCCAUCUGUGUGAGCAGUGAGCAGAUGUCAAAGUUCCGUAAGCUUAACUUCAAUGCAGAAGGUGAACCUCAAGAGCUCAUGGUGGACAACUGGCGCCCGGCUCAGCCCCUGAAGGCCAGGCAGAUCAGAGCCUCCUUCAAAUAAGAUGGGCCCCAGCGUCGGCAUACACAUGAGGAAUCUGUGGAUGUCUUCCUGUAGCUAAGCACAAGCAUACCUUGGUGAUUUGGACCCCAGCUGCUUUUCUAGAUCCUUCAUCUCUCACCUGAUGUGCUUACUAAUAAAUUGUGAGGAGCAAUGUGCUGGGAUGGGCUGGAGCGUGGCCUGUGGCAUAGCCUUUCUGCAGUAGGAAUCGAACACAAAGGGUAGGAAUAAAGCACCUCAGUGAUUCACAGCACAUAGGCUAGUGAGCACUCAGUACUGUUCACUGAAAUGCUGUUUUUAAAACAUAGCAGAGUAGGAUGGUUCAGCUCAAAUCCAUGUCUUGAGACAAAUUGAGCUAACUGAGGCAAAUCAGAUAAAAUAUUUUACGUAAUAUAAAUUGAACAAAUGUUUGUGAUCUCGAGAUGCUGUGUUAAAGAAAACUUUUAAAAUUCUUAUAUAUUUGUAGCAAAGUUAUCUUAAAGAGGAAUUAUGUUGUAAUUUAGUGACUUUUGAACUUGAGAUAUAAAAGAAGUCUAUCUGUAAAAAUUGUUAUAGUUGCAAUACAGAGUAUAUUUCCAUUCAAAUGAUACCAUAACUUAAUAAAUAUUGUAUUUUAGAUAUAUUCGCUAAUAAAAUUCAGAAUUCUC